AUGUUCGAAUCAUGCUGUGAAGACGGUGGCCCAACAGCGGAUAGUGUGAAAUUUUGGUUUGAUUUUUUGGAUUACAUGAUGCGAGUGAUCGAAGACGAUAAACACAUCUAUACGCCGGUGCUCAAUCAAUUCCCUCAAGAGCUCAAUAUUGGUAACCUGUCGGCUGCAACACUCUGGCAAUUGUAUAAAACUGAUCUGCAAAUGGCUCUUGAAGGUUACUACUGCUUGUUGUGA